UGGAAGCUUUCAUAGGCUUUAUGCCCUGAGGUGGGCUCACCAGAUCCACAGGGUUCGAGCUGUGUUGACCAUUACUUCUUCCUCUGCUCUCGGUUAUGCCUGGGAAGCUGGCUCUGCGGAUCCCCAGAGGCCUCUGGACAGCAGCCGUGAUGGUGACGCUGGUGGUGCUGAGCACCCCAGGGGCUGAGGGCAGAGACUCCCCACAGGACUUCGUGAUCCAGUUUAUGGGCCUGUGUUACUUCACCAACGGGACGGAGCGGGUGCGGGGUGUGGACAGAUACAUCUAUAACCGGGAGGAGUACGUGCGCUUCGACAGCGACGUGGGCGAGUUCCAGGCGGUGACCCCGCUGGGGCGGCCGUCAGCCAAGUACUGGAACAGCCAGAAGGACAUCCUGGAGCGGAAGCGGGCCGAGACGGACACGGUGUGCAAACACAACUACCAGCUGGAUGCCCCCUUCACCUGGCAGCGGCGAGUGGAACCUACAGUGACCAUCUCCCCAUCCAGGACUGAGGCUCUAAACCACCAUAACCUGCUGGUCUGCUUGGUGACAGAUUUCUAUCCAGGCCAGAUCAAAGUUCGGUGGUUCCGGAACGACCAGGAGGAGACAGCUGGGAUUGUGUCCACCCCUCUUAUUAGGAAUGGGGACUGGACCUUCCAGAUCCUCGUGAUGCUGGAAAUGACUCCCCAGCGAGGAGAUGUCUACACCUGCCGCGUGGAGCACCCCAGCCUCCAGAGCCCCAUCACGGUGGAGUGGCGUAAGGGGCAGUUUGUGUCCUUUCACUGUGGGCCCCACAGGACAGGUGCAGACAGAGCUUCCCUGAUCUAUCCCAUCUCAUCCCUUGUCUGUGACAUCAUUACUGAGAUGGAAAUUGCAGGACACAAGACUGUCUCUUGCCUCAUAGUAAGGGCAUCAGAAGAAUCCUAAUCUCAUUGUUUUCCCAGAUACAGGGAGCUCACCCUACUCACCGUGGCCCCAGAGCCCAGACCUGGUAACUCUGUAGGAUUGACUGGUGACUGGGGUCUUCGGGUCUAAGGCUAUGGACGUGUCCCUGAGGAGCAGGGAUCUGCUUUCCCCCUCUCCCACCUGCCCACUGUGUCCGAGGAUCUAUUGGCGGUCCCUCCCCAGGGGUGGUCAGAAUGGAGCACCAGGUUCCCCUGGCACCUCCACCUCCUGUACCUCAGACAGGACUUCAGGCUUCCCAAAGGGGCACUGUGGGAUGUGGGGACAAACACUGACACUCAGGCUCUG